CUUCUUCUCCCCUUCACCUGUAGAGAUCGGCCAGCCCGUGCGAGACAUGGCCUAGACAAGGCAGCGCAUCUCCUCUGCCAUCGCCACGUGGGAAAAGCAAGUGCUGGCCGCUACCAUGGGUGUGGUGUCUCUCAUCCCCAGCCUCCAGCUUGGGGCUGUAUUGCUGGCUGGAAUAGCCAUCAUCGGCGUCUUCCACACGCUGUGCCUCUCCCGGCUUCACCGCUUCCCCGGCCCGGUGGCGGCAAAGUUCACCAAUGCCUACCGUGCCUUCCGGACCUGGAUGGGCCGAAUCGACCUCGAGCAUCAUGCAUGGCACAGGACGUACGGCUCGGCCGUGCGAAUCGGCCCAAACACCGUCAUGCUGAAUGAUCCCGAAAUGAUCAGGGUUGUGUUCACGACGAAGGACAUCUGGCAAAAGUCGGAGAUGUACAGGCCCAAUGAAGCCCUUGUGGACGGAAAGAGGAUCCCAAACAUGUUCAACACGACGGACGAGGCCUACCACACCGCCGCCAACAAGCCCGUGAAGCCCCUGUACAGCCUCUCGAGGGUCCAGGAGGUCGAGCCUCUGGUGGACGAGUCGCUUGAGUACCUGAUGAAGAAGUUCGACGCGCAGUACACCGACAAGGGCGUCGUCUGCAUGUGGGAUGACUGGAUGGCCUGGUGGGCCUGGGACACCAUGGUCAACAUCACCUACGGUGAGCACAUGGGCUUCAUGGACAAGCAGGGCGACAUUGCCAACUUCAUCCACGCCUCUACCGUGGGGCAGUACUACUACUCCGCGAUCUCCCAAAUCCCCUGGCUCGACGACUGGCUGGACAAGAACCCCAUCGUGCGCAUCGGCCCGCCGCAGGUCUCCACCGGCAUCGGCGUGACCUACAUGAAGCUCGUUGAGUACAUGCAGAAGAAGGCCGCCGCCAAGGCCAGCCCCGACGGCGGCAGCGGCAGCGGCCGCGCCGAGACCUACGUGGACAAGUUCCUCCGGCUCAAGGAGACCCACCCGGACAUCGUCGACGACAACCACGUCUUCCAGUACUCGCUCUUCAACAUGCUCGCCGGCGGCGACUCGACCGCCUCCCUGCUCCGCGCCGCCGUCUACCACCUGGCCAAGAACCCGGCCUGCUACGCGCUCCUGCAGGCCGAGCUGGACGCCGCCGCCCUCCCGUCCCUGCCGGCCCGGUUCAGGGACGUGUCGGGCCUGACGUACCUGACCGCCGUCGUGCGCGAGACGAUGCGCGUCAACCCGGGCGUGUCGCAGACCAUCGAGCGCAUCGUGCCCCGCGAGGGGCUCACCCUGCCCGACGGUCGCUUCGUCCCCGCCGGCGCGCGCGCGGCCAUGGACCCGUCCGUCAUAAUGAAGAACGAGCCCAUAUUCGGCCCCGAGGACGUCAUGGGGUUCCACCCGGAGCGGUGGCUGCGCCGCGCCGGCGAGUCCGACGACGGCUUCGACGCGCGCAGCCGCAAGAUGGUCAGCACGCUCGACUUCAUCUUCGGCCACGGCAAGCGCAUGUGCACCGGGAGGCACCUGGCCUGGAUGGAGAUCUAUAAGUUCUUGGCGACCAUGUACAGCGUUUACGACAUUAAGCUCAAGGAUGCUCAGCAUGAGUGGAAGUACCGUGCUGCGUGGUUUGUUUUCCAGACCGAUAUGCCUAUGCUCAUUACCCGCCGCAAGAGCACCUAAGGGCAGCUCCGCUUCGGUGUUUAUCCUCGCGCCGCUGUAAAACCUCGGUAGUGCCACGCGAGCAUUGCUGACAGAAUCCUGCCGAAUGCCUUGUCAGAGGAAGCCAGGCGCCAUGUACAUGGCCUUUUACAGCCUUGUGGGAAGCUGGGAUCGCAAAGCCGGAAGCUUCGUGAAGGUGCCAGCAAUUUCCUACCGACGUCGAUGGCUGAAAGCAUGAUGGAUUGCCGCAUAGGAGGUAAAAGUCCGCAAUGGGGAAACAGCUUUAACUGUCGAGUAGAUUCGAGAAUAAAUGGAAAGAAACUUCAAGGGUAAGCAAUAUCCCACGACCUCCGCGACUACUUGCCUGCUAUCGUGCCUGGUUUCGUGUAU